AUGUACGAACGCAUCUUGCACCAGCGGCUUGUAGUUCCUCAAACCAUAUCACCUUCCUGCCGAGACCUACUGCAGAAACUGCUGCAAAAGGACUGUCAGAAAAGGCUUGGUGCCGAUAACGAUUUUCAAGACGUCAAGGAACAUGCAUUCUUCACAACAAUUGACUUUGAAAAAUUGUUACGAAAAGAAAUUAAGGCACCAUUUGUACCGAAAAUCAAAGACGAACUGGACAUAUCACACAUCGAUAAAGAAUUUACAAGCGUGCAACCCAACCCUGGUUCAUUAAUACCAGCAAUGACACUUGGUACGCACCAAGAUGCCGAUUUUCUUGGCUUCAGCUAUGCUGCGCAGUAG